AAACCUUGCUUACUCACAUCAUCGACAUCGUCCCCGUUUUGAUCCUCGAGUCUACGGUUCUACGGCCCAGCUGGCCGUCUAAUACAGCUGGGUCGCCCGCAACGAGCGAUCAUUAAAAUACCCUCUAUCGUCAAGAGACGAUAAAGCAAACCGAUACGAUACGAUACGCAGAAGCGGGAAAAAUAGGAGGAAAGGGAAAAUUCGAGUUGAACAUACAUACAUAUAAAUUUCCUUCCUUGAUCUUGAUCUCGAUCUCGAUCUUGUUCAGCAUGGAACCCCGCAAGACCCCUCCGGAAUACUUCCUGGAAAUAUUCGCAGACACUUCAUCCGUCAAGGACGUUUUAAAAGGCGUCCUCAACCUCAUCUUCUUCCACCGCUACUUCCCCUCCAUCCGUCCCAGCACCGUCGACGUCCUCGAUCUCACACUACCCGUGAUCAACGAUGUCGAGCUCGAGACCCUGAUCGACUCGCGCGUCACCUCGCUCGUCCGCCAGCAUCUAUCCUCAUCGAAUGCCUACGGAGGCGGCGGCGGUGGUGUCCGCGGCCGCAUCGCCGUCGAGUUCUUCGAGAAGAAGCGCAAGCGUGCGGGGCUCUGGUUCGGCGGGUUGGCUGGAAAGGGCGAAGAGGAGGUCUGUUGGGAGAUUUGGACGCUGGAUGUGACGAUCGCAACGCCCAAGACUGAGUCGGAAAGGGCCAAGGUCCGCAAGGCGAUGGAAAACAUGCUCCAGAAAGCCGCUUUCAAGAUCCUUGCCGUUGUCAACCGGGAUAAAGACCACAUCCCGCCCAUCACUACCAGCGAUGCCAAUCCGUUCCCUUAUCGCAUCGUCUUGAACCCCCGCACCGACAGCUGGGGUAAUCGCAUCGGUCUAUAUUAAAGGAUGGCAUCUCCAUUAGACAUAGACACGAGCUAGAGUGACAUGAUGCCAUUAGUCGGCUUCCAUGCCAUCGAAUCAUCUUAUCGCCCGCGUUCCGGGAGAAUAUCUGAACGCUGCGCCACGGGUUAU